AUGUUGCACUCUGAAGCCCUCCAGGACACAGUGUAAGGCUCGCUUGUCUAUUUAAUUUAUCAAUAGUGUUUUAAUGGUGCAAUACUCAGCACACUCUGACAUUGUGACUGUGGUUUACCCUGUCCCAACAGUGAGACUGAACCAGCAGAUGACAUGCACGCUGAACUGGCUGAGGAUGAGGACGGAGAGGUAAAAACUGUGUGUGUGUGUGUGUGUGUGUGUGUGUGUGCAAAGUAACUGUAACAUAUGUGCAGACACAUGCCCAAAACCAAACAUUGACCAUGCAUGAAUAUCUUACAGGAGGAAGAGGAGGAGGAGGUUGAACCUGAGAUUGACCCAGACCCAGUAGAGGAGGAGGAAGAUGAGGAGGAUGAAGAUGAUGAUGGGGAUGGGAGUGGGAGUGGGCUGAAUGGGGGUUCGGACGGUGAGUGUGAUGGUGAUGAGUUGGAUGACCUGCCCAGCUCACGGGGAGGUCGCUGGAAAGGACCCAUCUCCCGUAAGGCCAGCCAGACCAGUGUCUACCUGCAGGAGUGGGACAUUCCCUUCGAACAGCUGGACCUGGGAGAGCUCAUUGGGAAGGUAAGAGGGCAAUAGAACACACUUUUUUCACUGGAGAUAACCUUUUCAAUGAUCGAGCUACAUAUGCAUCAAACUAUCAGUGUUUUCUGUUCAAAGCCAUUGAAUGUGUGUUUCUGAAAGUGUCAUUAAAUGACUCCCUCCUUCACUCCAGGGCCGUUGGGGCAAGGUUCAUAAGGGCCGUUGGCAUGGAGAAGUGGCCAUCCGGCUGCUGGAGAUAGAUGGGAACAACCAGGACCACCUAAAGCUGUUUAAGAAAGAGGUGAUGAACUACAGACAGACCCGUCAUGAGAACGUGGUCCUCUUCAUGGGAGCCUGCAUGGCCCCGCCCCACCUCGCCAUCAUCACCAGGUAGGGGGAGGGGCUAACUUACAUCCAGAAUGAAUAUCUCUUUGGUAUAUUCAGUCCACCACAGCUGUGGUUUACUUGUUUCUCUCCAGUUUCUGUAAAGGGAGGACACUAUACUCUGUCGUUCGGGACACCAAAAACACACUGGAUAUAAACAAGACGAGGCAAAUUGCUCAAGAAAUUGUAAAGGUGAACUUCUAUUCCUGUUCAGUCCUUUCAGAUUUGUACAGGUAAAUCGGUAAUGUUGACAUAUACAGUAUGUGUAAUAUAUAUUUUCUGUAUGUCCGUAUUUCCUUCCUUCAAUCCACACAGGGAAUGGGCUACCUGCAUGCCAAAGGCAUUGUCCACAAGGACUUGAAGUCGAAGAACGUCUUUCAUGACACCAAUAAAGUGAUUAUUACAGACUUUGGCCUGUUUGGGAUAUCUGGAGUGGUUCAGGAGGGAAGGUAUGGACUCUGCAUAUUGGUUCCUACAGCUAUCAUCUCAGCUGGUGGAUGCUGAGUGGGUCUGUGUUCUCCUAACAGUGGUUUCUUAUUGUGUGUGUGUGUCUUCCUUCACAGGCGAGACAACGAGCUGAAGCUUCCACAUGGCUGGAUCUGUUACCUGGCGCCAGAGAUCGUACGCAGGAUGAGCCCUGGAAACAACGAGGACCGCCUGCCCUUCUCCAACGCUGCAGACGUCUACGCCUUUGGGUACGUUCUCUAAGCACAUUCUGAAGUACCCUUUCUUUAUCUUUGAUAGCACAAUAGUUUUUCUCUUUGAGACUGCUUCACUUUACAGUUAACUGAAUCUGGGGAAUGACCAUAUUGCUGGUUGCCCCCUUUUAGCACCAUUUGGUACGAGCUCCAAGCUAGGGACUGGCCUAUCACCAACCAGCCUGUGGAGGCUACCAUCUGGCAGGUGGGGAGCGGCGAGGGCAUCAAGAAGGUCCUGGCAGAGAUCAGCCUGGGCAAGGAGGUCACGGUGAGUGGAGGGGGGAAGCACUGCUGUGUGCCAGACAAAGUAUGUGAGCGGAGCUGGAGCGGAGCAAGGAGUGGAGCGUGCCCAAUUUGACUGGAACGCGGAGCGAGAUUCCCAAAGCCUGGAGAGUCGGCCUUCUCGCCCGCUCCAAUUUCGCUCCAGUAGCGCUCACUUCACAAACUCAGGGCAUGCCCGGCCCAGGAUGCAUUUGUAGUCUACUUGUGUGCUGCUAUAGCCCCUUGCUUUAGCUACUGUCAUGGAGUUCGCUAAAUAUUUUCAUAAAGAAACUGAUAAAACACACAGGUGCUAAAUCAAGGUGACUUACAAGAGAGGGAGUGCGGUGAUAUAAUGUCCACAACUAAAGAAUAAUUGUGGAAUUUGAAAAGACACGUAUCCUGAAGGCAUUAUGGUGUACUUACUACGUGCACAUGCUAAAAGAAAGGAAUGAGGUAGGUAGAUAACUAAGUGUGUCAUUGUAGCAAAGUAUUUAUGAACUAAAAAUCAGAUCUCUUAAAUGUUUAUUUCAUUUUUAUUCUAUUAUCUAUAGAAUAGGCAAUCAUUGAUAUUGCCAUAUUCCCACAGUCAAGGAGCUUUCCGUUUUGAUUGGAUUAUUUUGCUUAAAAACUUAAAGCCUACCUAUAGAAAAAAAGAAACAAAUCUCUGCAUCUCUGCCCUGCCUGCCCAGAGUGGCCAAAGGGUGUUUAGCAUCCCCAGUGGCUCUGCGAGUGUGGAGAGGAUAUUCUCCGCUGCUGGCCUGCUCUCCAGGCACCAUCGCAUGAGCCUGAAGCCACAGACUGGCCUUUAGAGUUUAUAUGCUGUUUAAUAUGAUAUGUAGCCUAUUUGAAAUGAUGUGCGCUUCUUUCAUUCACCUUUUCAUGUUUAUUCAAAUACUUUUCAUUUAAAUCCAUGUGGUUUGGUUUCAAUACUUCAAAACCAAAUGGUAGGUCCUGGUAGGCACAAAAAUAGAUGGGUGUUGGUUAAAUUGUGAUUGUAAUGUAAUGAAUGGAGUGAAUUUGGAGCGGCAGUUUUUUUUCCUAUGAGCGCGGAGCAGUUUUUAGCGGAGCGGUUGGAAAGGACAUGGAGUGGCAGAGCAGUGCGCAAGCACCACUCCAUGAGCAAAUGAGCGGGAUUUUCCUCUGCUCAACUCCGCUCACAUGCUCUGGUGAAAUCUAUGCACAUACAUUUGGGGGGAUAUUGCAUCUUUCUUAAUCCUAGCAGGGUAAGUGAGGAUAUUUGCUCAUGCUAAUGCUAUGUUUUUAAGGGAUGACCUUGAUAGAGUAGAGAAGAAAUUAAAGCUAAGUACAGGAUACAUCUCUGCAUUGUGUUGGCAUGAAGUGAUGACGUUAAUCCUUCCUGUCUAUGUCUGUGCAGGAGAUCCUGUCUGCCUGCUGGGCCUAUGACCUGAGGGAGCGACCCACCUUCACCCAGCUGGCUGACAUGCUGGAGAAGCUGCCCAAACUCAACCGGAGACUGUCCCACCCUGGACACUUCUGGAAGUCUGCAGAGUACGUAUCCUAG